CUUAUAUAUCCGUCCGUCGCUAUAUUUGCCUCCUCCUGCUGCUGCCGUUGCUGCUGCCUCCUUCCAACUCUCUCUCUCUCUCUCUCUCACAUCUGGCGCAGGCGAAAAACGGCCUCUAUCUGUCCAUUUCAAGCUGAGGUGAAGUGGGAUUUUAGGGAAAUCACUGGAGUUGGUGAUGGCUGGGAGUGUCAAUGACGAUUGUGUGGCGGGGAGGUCUUCGGAGGGAAUCUCAAGUGGACAAAGGUGCCAGUCCAGGGAUUCCUUGACAGAAUGGCGGUCCUCCGAGCAGGUGGAGAAUGGGAUUGCUUCUACUUCACCUCCUUACUGGGACACUGACGACGACGAUGAUAGUGGGGCUAAGCCUUCUGUGCUAUAUGGAAAAUUUACAUGGAAGAUUGAAAAAUUUUCAGAAAUUAGCAAAAGAGAACUCAGAAGUAAUGCGUUCGAGGUUGGCGGGUACAAAUGGUACAUCUUAAUUUAUCCCCAGGGUUGUGAUGUCUGCAACCAUCUCUCUUUGUUUCUUUGCGUUGCUAAUCACGACAAGCUUCUCCCAGGAUGGAGUCAUUUUGCACAAUUUACGAUUGCUGUGGUGAAUAAAGACCCAAAGAAAUCUAUGUAUUCUGAUACGUUGCACAGAUUCUGGAAGAAAGAGCAUGAUUGGGGGUGGAAAAAGUUUAUGGAGUUAUCAAAAAUUAUUGAUGGUUUUAUUGUCUCUGACACUCUUGUAAUCAAGGCUCAAGUUCAAGUCAUCAGGGAAAAAGCACACCGCCCUUUUCGCUGCCUUGACUGUCAGUAUCGGAGAGAACUGGUUCGGGUAUAUCUAUCUAAUGUAGAGCAAAUCUGCCGGCGUUUUGUUGAAGAGAGAAGAGGCAAGCUUAGCAAAUUGAUCGAGGACAAAGUGAGGUGGUCAAGUUUCUGUGCUUUUUGGUUAGGGGUUGAUCAAAAUGCCAGGCGCCGCAUGUCAAGGGAAAAGACGGAUUCUAUCUUGAAAGUAGUUGUGAAGCAUUUUUUUGUAGAGAAGGAAGUCGCGUCUACAUUGGUAAUGGAUUCUCUCUACAGUGGGCUGAAGGCUCUUGAAUGCCAGAGUAAGAACAAGAAAGAGAGAGCAAAACUAGUGGAAAUGGAGGAAAUGCCUGCUCCCAUUGUCUGUGUUGAGGAGGACACAUUUGUUUUGGCUGAUGACGUUUUGGUUCUGCUUGAGAGGGCCGCGCUGGAGCCUCUGCCUCCAAAGGAUGAGAAGGGUCCUCAAAGUCAAAACCGUACGAAGGAUGUGAGUUGUGGAGAAGAUUUCAACAAAGAUUCAAUUGAGCGCGAUGAAAGGCGGCUUACAGAGAUGGGUCGUAGAACUGUGGAAAUUUUUGUCCUAGCCCAUAUCUAUAGCAAUAGAAUUGAAGUCGCAUACCAGGAGGCUGUCGCUUUGAAGAGGCAAGAGGAACUUAUUCGUGAGGAGGAGGCAGCGGCGGGGCAAGCUGAAAGUGAGAUUAAGGCAAAGCGUGGUGUGACCGAAAAGGAGAAGCGAACUAAGAAAAAGCAGGCUAAACAGAAGCGCAGCAGCCGCAAAGGAAAAGACAGGGGCAGGGAUGAAAAGUCUGAAUUGAUGGGGCAAGAGAAGCACCUUCAGGAAAGUCCUUCUGGUAAGAGAAUGUUUGACGGCUUCUCUGUGAAUCAGACACGAUCCAUUGUUGAAAAGCCUGAGAUGCCAGAAGAUGUUUCUGGCAUGUCUGAUGAUGGAGAGGAUGUUUCUGAAACACUUCGACCUGAUUUAGAAGAAAGAGACAUGGGUCGUGUACACUGGGACACAGAUAUGUCAGAGAUCAAUCCUUCCACUGAUGCCAGUAGCAGUGGCAUGAGCUGCUUACCCAUACAAAAGGGGGGAUCGGAGAGGAAGAACCUGUCUUUUAUGGAUGACAGUUCCUCGACAUGUUCCACAGACUCAGUAACCUUCAUUGUGGUGAAUGGGCCAUCCAAAGGGAACUCCUUGCAGAACAAGAGUCAAACAUCAUCACCCAGCAGAGGGAAAAACCAGAGGAGUAGAAACACUCGUGACCGGGCUAGUCGAAGCCAUGACACGGAUAAUCAGCCACUAGACCCUGCUACUGAUGCGGGCGGUCUAUGUGAUGCUACUGGCAGUGGUAGGGAAGAUGGACCAGAAUCAGAGGCUGUUGUUCUCUCAUUGAAGGACCGAAUACAGUGGCUCGAGCAACAUCUUGUCAAAAAGGAAGAGGAAGUUGUGACGCUGCAGAAGAAGCUGAAUGUCAAAGACCAGGUGGACCAGGUUGAUGUCAACCGUCCAUCCAAGCAAAUGACAGCGGAAGCAUCAUGCUCUCCAAGCAGUCCCACCGGAAAUGCACCCUCCGCUUCUCAGCCAAAGCAAGCUGCUGCGAAUACAGCUACAGCUGAACCAAUUCCAGUCAGGGAAGCAUCUUCAAAUGGUCCAAGUCGAACUGAGAAAACUGUCUCUCUAGUCACAAGAUCACCCCAAAUGUCAUCCAUCUCCAGACCAGAUGCCCAAAAAGUCACGGCUCCAGCAAAGCCUGCUUGUACACCGACGACGGUCGAGAGGCCUGCUGCGACUCAACAAGCUUCUGUGAUGUCGCGGCCCUUGAGCGCACCUCUUGUCCCUGCACCAAGGCCAAAUGCUCCUGUUGUUUCUUCCACAGUCCAGACUGCGCCAUUCUUAUCACGAUCAGUGAGCGCAGCUGGCCGAUUAGGCACUGACCCAUUGUCGGCAUCUCAUGUUUAUGUUCCUCAGUCUUAUCGAAAUGCCAUAACGGGCAAAACCAUAGCUGCAAGCUCUACCAGUUUGUCUCCCCGCCCCUCUUUGAGUUCCUUGGGCCCAUCCCCAGCUCAUUCUCAGCCCCCCUCUGGCUCAGCUACCCUGGCCAUGCUUUCGCCUCAAAACUCUGUAAGGAACGACCAAAGCUCGGUAAGAUCAGGCAUUGGUUUCGGCAGUGCAAUGUCGGAAGUACCGCACAGUCAGCCUCAAUGGACAAGCCGCUCUCAUCAGGAGACAAAAAGCAUGCCGUCUGAGCAAUAUCUGCUGAACAACAUUCAAAGACUUGGCAUUUAUGGUGCAAGUAGCGUCAGGUCCCAGACAUUCUAUGCUGAUGAGGUGCCAGUGGGUGUGUCUGCCCGUCAGUCGCAGGGUGUAUCUCCAGACGAGUUUCCUCACCUCGAUAUCAUCAAUUCCUUGUUUGACGAUGAUCAGCAUGUUGUUGGAAAGGCGGGGAAGGCGAAUGGUGUGUUCCCUAGCCCUCACAAAGGUCACCAGCACCCUCUGAGCCGGCAGUUCACCCUUCCUAAUGAUUUAGGUGCAGUGGAUGUGGGGCCCUCAAUUAACAGCGGCAGGUUCGAUCGGUCAGCCAGGUACCCCGACGAUGGAAUCCGAAGAGCCUACAGCUCUUCCAGUGUACCUUACGAUGGGCUGAGAGAUGUAGUCCCACAAUCGGGUCUCCCGGGCUACCUGAAUGGGCAGAUUGAUGGGAUGAUCCCAAGCCAGUGGCCAGGGAAUGGCACAGAUCUCUCCUUGCUUGGCAUGAGGAAUGUGGAGGGUGAUGGGUUCCCAUAUCAGCUGCCUGAAUACUCGAAUUUGGCUGGUGGAGUUAAUGGGUACACCAUGUUCCGGCCCGCGAAUGGACACUGAACGCCCAUAGCUGGGUCCCAUCCUGCAAUUGAUCGCCGCUGAUCGUAAUAAUUGUCGGUCUCUGAUUUGGAGUGAGAUGUAAUCCUUUGAUAAAAGGAAAGAACAUUUUGUAAAGAGUGUAUCUGGCUUCAUUUGCUUACAGGUCUGCAUUCAGCUGCCUCUUUGGCUUA